UAUUGUAUGUGUUAUUCUUAUGUCACCAUUUGUAAAGUUGAUGCGAAAAUACAAUUGUACAUUCUGUUCCAUCAAUCAAAUAGAAUAAUAUCACUUGUCUAGAAGUUUCCAUCAUUCAGUGGCAUUCAGUUAUGGAAGUCGAGGCGAAUUGUGAUAGAGUGCCACCUCGUGGUGAAGACUCGUUAUAUUCCACAUUAAAGUUUUUUUUUUUUUUUUUUUUUUUCAUUGAGUUUAAAAUAGAAUAGAAUACAUUUUUCAACUAAUGCCUAGUUUGGAAAAUAAUUUUACUAAUUUCAGUGUUGUACAUAAAAAUAGAGUGAAUGCAGGUGGGUGUAAAACAUGGUCUAAAAUAUAAUCCAUUAAUGUAAUUUCAUAGGAUUAAUAGCUGAUUAAAUGAAGAAGUCAAUUAAGCUUAAGUAUUACUUUACCUGUUUUCACCCCCAAAACGGUAUGUUAAAUCAUCAGGAAUACUGCAUUACAUUCACUAAAAAUAUAUGUAUUGAAUUAUUUUUAUCAUUUUAUGUUGUUGUAUUAAAUACUUUUUGGGGCCACUGUCCCAAUCAGCUACAAAUCAGGACAUGCAAUACAGUGCAAUAGGCUAUAUUGUAAUAAUAUACAAUACAAUAAAGUAUCUUGGACCCUGGUUUACUAAUAAAACAAUUUGAGCACAGUUUCAAUUUUAAGGCUCAGAACCCCCUAGAGUCAUCUAAUGCAAAGUAAUAAUUCUCAGUAAUAAUUUGAUAACUUUUAUUAUGAAACAAUAUUACAUUGGAUAACAGACAAUCAGUUAAAUGUUCAUUCAAAUGCACUUUUAAGAAAGUUCUAUAUCUGUCCAGCAACCUUCUGGCUUUACAGUGGUAAAAUAAACACAAAUCGUAUCACACCAUCUCUGGUGAUUUGCCCACACUGUAGAAACUGGUAACCUGCAAUUGUUACGUUAAAGAGAUAUUUCUGCCUGUUUUCACACCAGUUCAUUUAAAUGUUACCAUUUUUUUCAGUGCAGCUCUUCUAGACUGUAAUCUACAUUUCCAGUAUCGCAGCCCUGCAACGCGUCAUGACGUCACUGUGGCGUCAUUUUUAUUUACACGAGACUCCAGCUGUUACACUGACUCUGCAAACAGAGUCGAUAUGUGUGUCCGUGGGUGUGUGUCAUCGCCACGUGAUCCAGCUCGCCAAUGUCCUUCUACAACCCACUCAGCAUCAUGGCUGCGGAUGCUGCGGAUGCUCUCCUCCAGCACCGCAUCCCCGGACCAUGCCUCCUGCCUCUGCUCCUCCUAAUCGCCUCCGCUCUCCCCGCACUGAGCCACGGGCUGCUGGGCUUCCGACCGGAGGACACGGGAGGAGAUCUGUCCGUGCAGGACGGGCUGCUGAAGGCCACCGAAGGGACGCGGUUCAUGUUACGCGUGUACUAUGCAGCAUCCCCGCAGAGGCUCAACCGGACUAUCAGCAGCUCCGGCGGCACAGCCGCGCCGUGGAUCGCCUUCAUAGAGGAGCCGGAGCCUGGCAGAGAGGGGCAGGUGCAUCCCAAACGCAACUUGUGCGUGGAGGAAAGCGCCAGGAGCUCGGAUAUAGAGCUCCUCGGCUCUUUCAAGUCAGCCUCCAGUCAAAACUCCAUCCUGGUGGAGCUGCUCGCCAAAGACCUCCGGAGAGGAGAGAAAAUCAAGUAUUACUCCAUGUGCGCCUUUGACGGGAUCAAGUGGGAGCACUACCGGACGCGCGACUUCUGGCUGGCGGUGGUGGAGCGGCCGCCGCAUGCGGACGGGUGGCUGCAAGCGAGUCUGUCGGUGCUGCUGCUGGCGCUGUCCGCGCUCUUUAGCGGGCUGGUGAUCAGCAUGCUCGCGCUGGACCCGGUGGAGCUCAGAGUGCUGCAGAACAGCGGCACGGACAAGGAGCAAAAGUACGCGCACAAGAUCGAGUCGGUGCGCAAACACGGCAACUACGUCCUGUGCACCUUGGUGCUGUGCAACGUGCUCACCAACACUUUCCUGGUGGUUUGGAUGUGCCAGAUCCUCGGAGUGACGUCCAUCUGCACUGCAGCGUGCACUUUUCUCAUCUUCUUCAUCGGAGAGAUCUUUCCGCACUCCGUUGCGUCCAGGCACGGGUUGGCUAUCGCGUCCAAGACCGUGUGGCUGACCAAGACGCUGAUGCUGCUGACUUUCCCCAUCACAUAUCCCAUCAGCAAACUCCUAGACAAUAUGCUGCACCAGGAAAUCAGCAACUUCUACACCCGCGAGAAGUUACUGGCUAUGCUGAGAGUUACUGACCCGUAUCAUGACCUGGUGAAAGAGGAGCUGAACAUCAUCCAGGGAGCUCUGGAACUCAGGAGCAAAACGGUGGAAGAUGUGCUGACCCCUCUCAAUGACUGCUUCAUGCUGGCCUCGGAUGCCAUCCUGGAUUUCUACACCAUGUCAGACGUGAUGCAGAGUGGAUACACUCGCAUUCCUGUAUUUGAGAAUGAAAGGUCUAAUAUUGUUGAUAUUCUGUUUGUCAAAGAUCUGGCAUUUGUUGAUCCAGAUGACUGCACCCCGUUAAAAACCAUCACUCAGUUCUACAAGCACCCGCUGCACUGUGUCUUUAACGACACCAAACUGGAUGCAAUGCUGGAGCAGUUCAAGAAAGGGAAAUCUCAUUUGGCUAUCGUGCAGAGGGUCAAUAAUGAAGGAGAUGGAGAUCCUUUCUACGAAGUCAUGGGCAUCAUCACUCUGGAAGAUGUCAUUGAAGAAAUCAUCAAAUCUGAGAUUGUGGAUGAAACGGACCUUUAUACUGAUAACCGUACGAAGAGGAGAGUGUCUCACCAUGAGAGGAAACAGCAAGAUUUCUCCAUAUUUAAACUGUCAGAGAGUGAAAUGAAGGUCAAAGUUUCACCACAGCUUCUGCUCGCGACACAUCGUUUUCUGGCCACAGAAGUAGAGCCUUUUAAGCCAACGCAUCUCUCAGAAAAGAUCCUUCUGCGAUUGAUCAAGCACCCGAGCGUUGUGCAGGAUCUCAAGUUUGAUGAGAAAAACAAGCGAUCACCAAAGCACUACCUCUUCCAGCGCAACAAGCCUGUGGAUUAUUUUAUCCUCAUAUUGCAGGGUCGAGUCGAGGUAGAGAUCGGUAAAGAGGGACUAAAAUUUGAAAAUGGCCCGUUCACAUACUACGGCUUGCCUGCUAUCAUGACCAUCCUACCCACAGUCAACAGAUCACCAUCGCUGAGCAGCGGUCUCAAUCAUUCGGAUACUACAAUCCAUGGAGGCAGCAUGGGUCAACUGAGCAUCAGCGGAGCACCGUAUUUACCAGACUAUUCAGUUCGUCAGCUCACAAACCUACAGAUCAUUAAGAUCACUCGUAACCAUUAUCAGAAUGCCCUGACAGCUACACGCAUGGACAGCUCUCCGCAAACACCCGAUGCAGAGAGUCAAGCUCCUGGGGAGAGAAUGACAAUCCCCGAGACGCGUUCUAACAGCAUCGCCCUUCCGCUGACUGAACCGCGGCCCUGUCUGACCCGAUUCCACCAGCACAGCCACCUCUACAGACAGCCAGACAGCACCACCACCCUUAAUGAGAGAAACCGCAUCGUCCGAAGUAAGUCAGAUGGACAGAAGAGCCCCAGUGACUCUGUGUUCCUCCGUAUGGAUGACAUCCCAUAUAAAAGAGACAAUCGUGUGGAGAGAAAAGAAGAAACUGAUGCUACGGCCGUACCUGUGGAGACAGACCUGUCGACAUCCCAGCUCAUCAGCUCUUACUCUCUGGGCGGCUCGGAUGAGAACCUGGGGAAAAAACUGCUCCGGAAACUGAGCAACAAAAAAAGAAAGAAGUCCCGUGAUGGCGAUAAACCUCUGGAAGAUAAUCCUGAACAUUCACAGGUGAAGACCUAGCAUUCGUUUUAUGGGUUUGCUUCUCUCUCACUUUCUCCUGCUUCUCCGACAAAUGUGAAAUCUUCUCCAGCCUUCCUCUGGAUCUUGAGUGAGAGAGAGAAAGCACAACCCUGUGUACACAGACCACCACAACAGGAUGUAGCAUCAUAAAACCUUGCCUUCAGCAUUGAAACUGGAUGACGCUCAAUGCCUGUUAUGACAAACCUGAAAUUUCCAACAUGCAGCAAGACACAUGCUUUUUUUUUAAUUGACGAGAUGCUACAUAACCGUUAUAUACUACAGUUUUGAUGGCGGUUUAUCAUGAUGUCAUCUCCAGUCACUGUGGUAAUGACAGUUUGACCUCUGACCUGGGCAAAGCCAGCAAGCACAAGCCUGGAGACCUGAAGCCAACCAUCUGACCAAUGAGACGGCAGACCUUUAGUACAUCACAAGACGUGGUCAUCUUUCAGUACAAUUAUCUUGAAACAAAGUGUUUAUUGUGUGAUUUUAUAUCAUAUUAAGUCAGAAGUAUUUAUCAGGCUGUGCCUGGAAAUCAAUUAAGAUGAAUUUAUUAAUAUCAAAGCACUUUGAGACAGAUCAGACCCAUUUAUUUCAUAUUCUGUUGAAUAGCUGAAUGGUUGACAGAGGAAAAAAUACCUAUAUUAGGUAAGUGCUGUCAGAAUUUUUGUUUAUGUUUUAUGUUUUCAAAAGAAUGAAUAUUUAAUGUUGUGAUUUCUUAUCAUUUUGCUUUUAUUUCUGCACUUCCGUUCGGCUGAGAGCACAGGGUACAAAGUGAUAUGGCUUUUAUUAUUAUUAUUUACCUAUUUUAGGCUAUAUUUGAAUAUUUUUUUUUUUUUUUUUUUUUUUUUUUUGAAAUAGUCCGAGAUACCAGUGCUAAUGGUCCAAGCACAUGUGUUUGACAAUAGAUUUAUUUGUCUAAAAUUAGCAUUUAUUAUAUUGGCAUGCUUUUCUCAAACAGCAGUAUUAUUAUUAGAUCAGCAUUGUGUUUAUGAAAUAUAGAUAGUUAGGAUAUGCGCAAGCCAUAACUUGAACAAACUUGAAGCAUUGAUAUCAAAAUGUCACCUUAGAGAGAUAUAUAUAUAUAUAUAAAAUCAUAAGCAAUAUCCAAAACAUGCAAGAAGCCUAUUAUUUUGCUUUUGAGCCCUUUUAAAUCUGAAAACGAUAGAAUGCUUAGAACAUCUCACCCACGUUUCAUUUCAUGAGCAUGCUUCUGUGUGAAUUUCAUCUCUAAACUUCAUAUUUCCGGUACAUUUCAAGAGCUUUUUAAAAUGGUAUUCAUAUUUAUACUACUGUUCAAAAAUUUGGGGUCAGUAAGAUUUUGUGUUUUGAAAGAAAUUACAUUUACAUGAAUACUUUUAUUCAGUAAGGAUA